UCGUCCCGGACGAGCCAGUCCCAGCGUCGGACAGGCUGAGGAUUCUUCAAAAUAAAGUUGCAGCCAUUUUCAAUACGGAGCAGUGCUCAAAAUUUUUUUACAAAGAAAUUUCCAAGUUAAAGAUGAAAGGAAAACGCUGGAAUUUUUUGGAUUCUGACUGACAGGAUAAAGAACACAGUAUUUCGCGGUUCGGUGUAAUGGAGCCUGAGUAAAAUUCACCGCUUAGGUACGUGCCCAGCUGGGAACAUGGAUGUUGGUUUUUCUCGUUCCGCUCUUCAGACACUGUCAAGAAGCCACUGCAAAAACAUCAAACAAAAAAUUUCCCAGUGGGAAGGACGGACUACUGGUGCUCCUAAUCCAGAUAGGUGGCACCGAAAGGACUGCGGGGUGAGAUACAAGAACUGUCAUCAGGAGAGUCUUCUUACGAAGAAUCCUGUUGCUGAGGGAAAGAGCAAAAAGUUGGAUGUAACCAACUCUCAGAAUGUCAGCCUAGAUAUUCAUGAGGAUGCCAAAAGCUGCGAUCACAGUGGGGAUGAGAGAGAGAGGCGUGAACAUGACGAUACUCACUUCUUUAGAAAUGAGCCAGAAUCCAGCUGGGUAUGUUCUCGGGUCAAACAGAUUGAAAGCUGGAAAGAAGUUGUUUUGGAUCCAGAGACUUCAUUACCUCCAGGAAAUUUCUAUACCUCACAAAUACUGUGGAAGAAAAUCGAGGCACUUCCCCCAGAUAAAGUCUUCAAUUUGGCCCUAGAACGUUGUCUCUCUUCAGAAAAGGAACUGAAUUUCAGAGUUCUGGACAGUUCCUAUGGAGUAACCAAGAGCUUAGAAAAUAUCUACUCUGAACCAGAGGGUCAAGAAUGCGGACCUUCUAUAAAUCCUUUGCCCAAACCUCGUAGGACAUUCAGGUAUUUGUCUGAAUCUGGUGGCAUGCUGUGUAAAGAAAGAAACUGUGACAGAAAAUACUGUGAAAAUAAUUCUUGUGCAGAGUCUUGUUUGGCCUCUUCUCAGGAACCUGAACCAAAGAAAUAUGGUGGGAAAAUCCGAGGGAGAUCUAAAAGGAAAUCCUUUGAAUUUGAAGAUAUUCAGCACUUUCGAAAUCGGAACACACAGAAGACACAUGAAGAACUUGGGAGAGAUUCUGGCUCAGCACUUUAUUACACACAGUCUGAGGACAAUAUCUAUGAAGAUGUCCUAUAUCCCACCAAAGAAAAUCCAUAUGAAGAUAUCCCAUUGCAGUCCUUUCCCAUGUGGAGAUCCCCUUCAGCUUGGAAGCUUCCACCCCCUAAAAGUGCCUUCAAAGCACCCAAGCUUCCUCCCAAACCUCAGUUCCUUCACCGAAAGACUAUGGAACUGAAGAACUCACAAGCUUAUUUAAGGUCAAAGCUCACCAAGGAUACCACUUUGCCUGUUACUUUAACCGAAUGGAAGCUUUUCCGAGCUGGAGAAAUUGCAACCAGGAAAAGAAAAAAUGUUCCAAGGUUUGUAUUGAGAAUAGAUGACAUAUUUGAAUCAAAGAGAGGGAAGAAGAGAGUAAAGCUACACCCUUACACUGGAAAAGACGUUCCUCCUUCAAAAGGUGAAACCAGUGGGAACGAAAGUGAUGCCGAGUAUCUGCCAAAGAAUCGCCACAAGCGCUUAGCACAACUGCAGCAGCCUUCCAAGAGGAAUCCCCACUACCAGACCUUAGAGCGCGAUCUCAUUGAAUUACAGGAGCAGCAGCUGUUUGAACUCUUUGUGGUAGUGUCUCUACAGAAGAAACCGUCAGAAAUAAGCUACAUUCCCCAGGUCAUUCAGCAGUUCCCUAGCAAGGGUGACCAUGGCUUUAAGCAAUCCAAAGACACCGAAGAGAGACUCAAAGUUAUCCCCAAAUUUUGCUUUCCUGAUUCGAAGGACUGGGCUCCAACCUCAGAACUCAAGAGUGAAACAUUCUCCUUUGUCUUAACUGGUGAAGAUGGGAGCCGGUGGUUUGGUUACUGUAAGAAGCUUUUGCCAGAAGGCAAAGGAAAGCGACUCCCUGAGGUUUACUGCAUGGUCAGUCGCCUAGGCUGCUUCAACCUUUUUUCAAAGAUUCUAGAUGAAGUAGAGAAGAGAAGAGAAAUGUCUCCAGCUCUGGUUUACCCGUUCAUGCGAAGUGUCAUGGAAGCUCCUUUCCCAGCUCCUGGACGCACCAUCACAGUCAAGAGCUACCUCCCUGGGGCUGGAGAUGGGUCCAUUGAACUCUGCCGACCACUGGAUUCCCGAUUAGAGCAUGUGGACUUCGAAUGUCUCUUUAAGUGCCUGAGCGUGUGUCACCUCAUCCGGGUCUGUGCCUCUCUCCUUUUGGAGCGAAGGGUAAUCUUUGUGGCUAACAGCCUAAGCACCCUGUCGAAAUGUGGCCAUGCUGUAGUUGCCACACUGUAUCCAUUUACCUGGCAACACACCUACAUCCCAGUCCUGCCAGCAUCUAUGAUCGACAUCGUGUGCUCACCUACUCCAUUCCUCAUUGGAAUCCUGUCUUGCUCUUUACCACAGCUCCAGGACCUGCCCAUUGAAGAGGUGCUGAUAGUUGAUCUCUGUGCAGACAAGUUUUUACAGGAGGUGUCUGAUGAGGAUGACAUUUUACCGCCUAAACUCCAAGCUGCCCUCAUGCAGAUUUUGGAAGAACGAGAUGAAAUCUUGGCUCAGGAGCAGAAUUUUUCACAAGAUGUGACACUUAACUCUCUGGUGUCCGAAGCAUUUGUCAGGUUUUUCGUGGAGCUGGUGGGACAUUAUUCUCUGAACAUGACUGUCACUGAGCGUGGGGAGCGUAUAUUCCAAAGGGAGCCAUUCCGUAAAUCCCACACCUCCCGAAGCGUUCGCCACUUCCUGGACCUCUUCAUGGAAACUCAGAUGUUUGCAGGAUUCAUCCAGGAUCGGGAGCUUCGGAAAAGUGGGGUGAAAGGUCUGUUCGAGGUCCGGGCCUUCCAGUAUUUGGAAACAAUUCCUGAGACUGAGCCCAGUGGGGUGAACAGAAUUUUGCGGAGUCUUGGAAGUAAAAUGAAAUUUCUGCAGAAGAAAUGAAAUCUUCGAUUGACUGUCUCAUCCUAAAUAGGACAGAAAGUGCCAAAGAAAAUAUUUUUCCAAGAGUCAGGAUGCCCCAAAGUAUUCUACAAAGUCCUUGCAAGUGGAAAAGAUUAUAGAGUGGGCCAAGCUCUUGGAGGAUUCUCCUGUUGCUGCUUUAGUAAUCACUAGAGAACUGUUGGGAGUCAUCUGGAACCAGUGCUCUCUUUACUCUGCCUCUGGUUGUUUUUAAGUGGCCUUUUCUGUUUGAUUCUUGGGCUCAUUCUUUGUGUUUUGUGCUUAGGCUAUGAAGGGAUUUGUCUUUUAUCAGGGAAAGACUUAGUGUUGCAUUAAAAAAAACCCACAGCUCACAGAGAAGCAUAGUGAGAGAAAUGCUGAGUUUAAGGUCCUAGGGAGGCAUGAUAGAAGGGGCAGACACUAGCCCUACACACAGAAUUCUCAUCACUGAAAUACCACGGCAGCUUUAAACCUAUGCGCUCUUUGAGUUGAGCUAAGGAAUAUCCUUAUCAUAUCUCUUUCCCUCAUUUUUUGUCCAAUGUUUUGUCUAGGGGUGUCUCACUUAUGUGGGAUCCCUCUUUAUUAGUACUGUUAUUGAGCAUUUUGUAAAAGUAGACGUCUUGCAGCUCAUCCCCCACAUUGUGUGGCACUCGAGUAGCUUGUUCCUUGUGUGUCAACAUGAAACUUUUUAGAAUUAUAACUAAGAGGAAAUGUCCUUUCAAGGACAUGAGAACUACCUUUUAUUUUUUAGUGUCUAUGUGCCAUGCACUGUGGUACAUGUACGUGUGCCAUCUUAUCGUCUUUAAAUCAGCUCUGAGGUACCUGCCUCUCCAUUUUACUAGCGAAGAAACUGGAAUUCAGAGACUUUAAAUAACUUGCCCAAAGUUAUACAACAGAGCCAGGACUGAAGCAGAACUGAAGCAGAACUGUUAGCUUGUGAGCACAGAGAAAGUUGGUUAAUCCUGCCAAUGGAAGUUGGAGCUCUGUGGGAUUGCAGCUGUUGAAAAAGUUUUAAGCUGAAGUGUAGCAGAGCCAGCUCAGCUCUCAGGAUAUGGGACUUCAAACUAUAGACGUCUUAAUGAGAUUCUUUUUUCGUUCCCCUAGAAUUGUUGGACUUUUUGCUCUAAUUAAAUAGAAGUCAAGAAUAUGAACAUUUCCUGGGACAACACCACAUAAUCACCCCAACCUUUGAAGCAGAGUAGUGAUUGGGAAAAGGAUUUUGUCAGUAAUGGUGCAAUUUUCGUUGAUGUUACAGCAAAUGUCAGUUUUCUUCAACUCCUGAUGGUUUUAACUGGCAUAAAAAAUAUUUAUUCAGACUUAACCUUACAAGUUAUAUGAGGAUAAAAUGUUUGAUUUGUACAGUAUUGUCAUUACAUCACUCAGUGUGCAUGUAUGAAUCUGAAGCCGACAGCAUGUAACAACGGUGCUAUAAAUUCCUGUAGAUGUGGGUCCAGAAAAUAGAACUGCGCCUGUGUCUUUUUUAAAAUGUUUAUUAAGCAGCUUACCCCACACAGGCUUUUACCAGAUAUCUCCCCAUUUGGUCUCUUCUGACAGUCCAACCUGAGGGAACAGUUAGUAACUGGGAAUUGUUUAUAAAAUGGGGGCAGGAGGUAUUACUGUGGUGGAUCCUGGCCAUCCCUCUGUGAGGAGACCUUUGCUUCAGGGAUGGGGGUUGUAUUUUAUCCCUGUGAUCUGGAGCUGCUUCCUUUUCUUAGGUCUGUUUUAUUUUUAUUUUUUUGUAAAGUUUUAUGAAUUCUGGUCAUGUUUGUAAAAGAAUUGUUCAAGAUUUGUAUAAAAUGUUGUUUACAGUUCUUCUAAUGAAUAAACACAAAAAUUCCAUGCGUCUCUUGGAGAAUUUUCAAUAAAUUGCUUAAAAUGUAAA